CAACUAUUCCAGUUUCUAAAUCUAAACAACUAUUAAUGCGUUGGAUGAUGAUGAUGAGAGUGACUGAGCAAAUUUAUUCCGUCUCUUGAAGACAACUGCGGCCAUGGAUGAACUCAACAGCAACGGCGGAGGCGGAGCAAGUGAAAACGAUGAGGGAUUGGGAGUAACAAGAAGGAAGAGGGCUGGCAACAGGAAGGAGUUGGGAGCAGCAGCAGUAAUCGGGAGAGGGAAGCCGUUGAUAGUCGGGAUGUGUGGUACUUUGGUGUAUUACCACUGCGCAUAUCGUGAUUCAAGCAUCAUAUCACUCAUUUCCGACGUCUUCAUCGUCCUCCUUUGUUCCCUCGCCAUCCUCGGCCUCCUUUUCCGCCAGAUGAACAUCCAGUUUUUUUCCCUGCAAUCCGCUUACAAUUAUACCUACGAUAACCCAGUGCCUGUGGAUCCACUUGAAUGGCAGAUAUCUCAGGAUACUGCAAACAGUCUGUUUGCGUGCUUGGCUAAUACCGUAGGUGCAGCUGAAUCUGUUCUAAGGGUUGCUGCAACUGGCCAUGACAAGCGCCUGUUUCUAAAGGUGGUUGUGAUCCUUUAUAUGCUAUCAGCUUUGGGAAGAAUAGUCUCAGGUGUUACUGUUGCUUAUGCUGGACUGUGCUUGUUUUGUUUGUAUAUUCUUGCUGAAAAUUCAUCAUUGUUUGGCUCAUGUUCAUCAAAAUUUUGCUGGAGAAGAGAUAGCCCUAAUGAUGAACUAGAUAGCACAUAGUUUAAAACACUUUGUGUAUCUUCUGCAAAUUCAUGUAUUUGAGGGAAAGGAAUUAAGGAUUCUAAGUAGGUAUCCAAGAAUUUAUGUUAGAAAUGCAAAUGCCUUCUUGGAAUUUUGUAUCCAACUUGAGAUGUAUUUGUUCUGGGAUUAAAGGUCAAC